AUGGUCGACACCCCCGCGAUCCGCAAACGUCUCGCGCAGGCUUCUCAGUCUACACGAGCAGCUCGGCGCUCGUUACUCGGUGGACGGGAGCCGCAGGACUAUCAGCAAAAGGCAGUAUUAUUGCUAAGCGAGAUACUAGACCUCCUUUACGAAAUCCGAGAGCAGUUGAGCUGGGCAGAGGAGAAAUGGGCCGUGGCACAGGAGCGUCUGGACAGUUUGGAUGACCUUCUUAAUUACUUCACGUCGACUAUCCGGGCUCUGGAGUAUUAUUUUCAGCCUGGUGGUGUGAGCAGCCGUCAUUACAGAAAGUCCCUUUUGGAGCGAUCAUUUCUCCCACGACUGGAGCAGUUCAAGGUUUUGAUCCUUGUGGUGUUGCAGGCUGAGUCUAUAGAGAAGGCUUUCACUGAGCGAGAAUUGCGAAACACUAUCCGCAGAUAUGGUGCCUUGGAAACCGUGGAAUCAAAGGCAGUUUCUGAGUAUGAUGGCGACUUCUACAAUAUUACAGGGCCAAUCUCUUCGAAGAAUUUCAUGAGCCUUGCCGAAUUGUGCAACAAGCGACAGCAGGGAACUUGUCAGUGGAUCUUUCAAGAAGAGAAAUACAAAACCUGGCUAUUCGGUGCUCAGAGGAGCCUAUACUGCCGAGGACCACCUGGCGCUGGGAAGACCUUUCUUGCUGCUUCCAUCACCGACAGUUUACAGCGAACAUUCACAACCCCAGACGUCGCAGUCGUCUUUCUCUUUUGUCAAGUUGAGAAUGGGGAUGAGGAGUCUUCUUCGAUUUCCUUGCUUGCAAAUAUUCUUGCCCAGCUUGUGUAUCGGAAACGCUCCGCCUCCUAUUGUACAGCCUCCCUAUACCAGUCCGAAGAGUUCGCCAAAGGUAGAGCUUCAGCAAAGGCCUAUCAAAAUGCCAUUCGUGCUGAGGUUGAUCAUUUCUCCAAAAUAUUCGUCAUUGUCGAUGGACUGGACACUUCUCCUGAGAAGGAUCGCAUCCUGAACAGACUUCAGAAGCUCCCAGAGCAUACGCAGCUUCUGAUCACCCUACGCGAAACAAGCUAUGCGCAAAAGGAUGAUUCUAUACUCGCUAUGGCACAUAGCAAAGACUUGGAAACUUACAUUUCAACAAGACUGAACCAAGAUGCGGGUCUUGUGUCUCUUCUGAAACAAUACUCAACACAGGAGGAGCUCAAGCAGGCCAUCGUCGGGCAGGUGGUUGAGAAAUCUCACGGGCUAUUCCUUCUGGCACGAUUGCACAUGGAUUUGCUGUCUAGAUGCAACGAUGCACCCUUGCUACAAAGGGCCCUCCUUCAUCUCCCCGACAGCCUGUACGACGCUUAUGCUGAGUCAAUGAAGCAACUUGCGAGUCAUAAUUUAUAUGCUAGUCGCUGCAUCUUCUGGACCUUAUAUGCUUGCCGACCGCUCACCGUCGCGGAAUUGAAGACAGCGGUCUUUUUCGAGCCCCAAAACGGCGUCGCUCAAAAAGAGCCUUCAUCUUUCGAACAUAUUUUGCUUGUCCAGACCGCCGGACUUCUUGAGGUUGACCCAAUGACCGGCACUGUUCAUCUUAUCCAUCAAACCGCCAAAGAGUAUCUGACAGGAGCCGUUGCCAGGGUGUUCUUCCCCACCGCGCGCAAGCACCUCGCAGAGACCUGCCUCACGGUUAUUAUGCCGGAUGAAGUGGUUGAUGACUGUUACAUGAACCAGGGAACAACACCUCGAAACUCGAAAGGGAGCCUCCUCAGCUACGCCGCUACCUAUUGGGGAUAUCAUGCUCAUGAAGCUUCCGAAGAGGAGCAGACAGCCCAGGUACUCAUUGGAGCGUUCUUAAACAAACUGUGUUGGAGACGGCCGCCUGUACUUCAGGACUACGUCAGCGAAACAAUGGAUAUACCACAACAGCUUGGCUUGGGAAAGUACUUCGCCGACUGGACCGCUCUCCAUGUACUUGCUUUCUUCGGGAUAACGGGCAAAGCAAAAAGGUUGAUAGAGAAAGGAGCCGAUGUCAACGCUCGAGAUAAUCAGCUGGGCAUCACUCCGCUUCAUUGCGCAGCCCACCGCGGAAAUGAAGAGAUGGUGGAGCUGUUGCUUGACCAUAAAGCGGAGAUUAAUGCGAUCUGCAAAAAUGGCAACACUGCAAUGCAUUACGCAGCCGAGCAAGGAAAGCGGAAAGUCAUGAAGAUAUUGCAAGCACGACGAGCCAGCUCGAGAGUAGCUAAUCGGCAGGGCCUGACAGCUUUGCACUCCGCUAUUGGGACUGCAUAUGACGAGGCCACAGUGCCGCUCCUUAUCAAAACUAGGUCAGACAUGGAUUAUCCGAAUGUCAUCACCGGAGACACGGCUCUGCACAUUGCCAUCGAGUUGAAGAGACAGCGAAUAGUCCUUUUCUUGCUCGAAAAGGGCGCAAACACAAAUGUCCUCAAUAAGAAAGGCUUGACUCCUCUUCAGCUAGCCGCUAAGACAGACAAUUGUGAAGCAUUAUCAGUACUCCUGGAGCGCGGUGCAAAGGUCGAGGUGCGUUCUAUGCUUGGUUCGAGAGCGUUACACCUUGCAGCGUCGGAGGGCAAUUGGAUCGCGUUCGACAUCUUACUCAUUGGCGGCGCAGAUGUCAAUGCAUGGAGCGACAGUGGAGAAUCCUUGCUCCAUGAGCAGUCAAGGAAAGCUUCAAAUAUUGCCAUAGCUACUCACCUUCUAGAGCAUGGUGCGAAUCUCGAGACCCGCACAUCCCAAGGCUAUACACCGCUUCAGUGCGCGGCGAUGAGUGGCAACAAGGCCAUGUUCUUCUUCCUGCUAGCCCGCGGCGCCAAAGUCGGCGUCGAAACCCCGAAAGGGGAGACUUUACUCCACAUCGCCUCACCCUCAAACCAGGACUCUCUAGACAUUCUCAAGUCGCUUCUGGAGUUAGGGCUUGAUGUCAAAGCGACUUGCAGCAAUGGCUGGACACCUCUCCAUCAGACUGUCUUCAUGGCAACAGGAGCCCCUGAUAUAGAGUUCGACAAGAUGUCCGAAUACAUCAAGCUUCUGCUGUCCUAUGGCGCCGAUAUCAAUGCCGCUGCCUUAUCGGCUACAGGCGAGACUCCCUUGCACCUUGCGACCAUUGCCCCGAUGCCGAGGCCGUCCCUGGUAUCGCUCCUUGUCAAGCUUGGCGCAUCUGUCAAUUCCAUAACGCAUGAAGGGAAAACUCCCUUACAUCUGGCCGCUGCACAAGGCUGCGAAUCCAUGUUUCGAGCUUUGCUGGACGCCAGUGCCGACACAAAAAUCAAGAUACCCACCAGUGCUGUCGAGAACGAGGACGAUGGCGGCAGACAAACACCACUGGACAUAGCUCAUAAGCAUCCAAUCAGCGCAUUGUGGUUCGAUGCCAUGGGUAAUCUGCAGGCUUCCCCAGAGGACCACCAACGAGGUAGUCUUGCGACCACGAUAGAAACCGGAUCUGACUCGGAGACAGAUGAUGAUAUGAGAGGUUCGACCUUGGUCGGAGAAGAGGAAUCGCAUUGGGGAUCCACCCUCUCGUCGCAGAUUAUACCUUCCACCCUCUCAUCUCAAGUUAUCUCUAUCACUGAGUGA